UUGUCGACAGCUAUGGUUUUUGCACAACGGCGAUCGCUGUCGGCCUUUUCUUUGGCUGUUCUGGUGAUCAUCGGACAAGUGAGCGUCUGGUGCUUCGCUGGAGCAUCGCUUCAAGCGCCACUACGAAGGCUCACCGCCCGGCAGAGCACUGGCAUUUCGGUGUCCGAAGUCACCACGGAAGUGCGGGGCGAGGAGGGUACGAACAACUACCGUCUCUUCUUCCUGGCAAACGACAAAGAGAUCUCCCCAUGGCACGAUUUGCCUUUGGCCUCUGAGGUGGAGGGCGAAUAUUUCAUGGUGACCGAGAUCCCGAAGAACACGAAGCCAAAGAUGGAAAUCGCCACGAAGGAGUCAUUGAACCCCAUCGCCCAAGACACAAAGAAGGGAAAGCUGCGAGAGUAUCAUGGUCCCAUCUAUUGGAACUAUGGCUACUUGCCGCAGACCUGGGAGGAUCCAGAGAUAGAACACCCAGAGCUGAAGGUCAAGGGCGACAACGACCCUGUGGAUGUGGUGGAAAUUGGCUCCCGGGCACAUGAACAAGGUGAAAUUGCUACGGUCAAGGUGCUAGGUGCGCUGGCCAUGAUCGACGAUGGUGAACUGGACUGGAAGAUUCUGGCAAUCUCAACAGAUGACCCCAUGGCAUCCCAGCUGUCCAGCGUGAAUGACGUGGAGUCGAAGCUGCCGGGGUACGUCUCUGGCAUCCGGGAGUGGUUUCGGUGGUACAAGUCACCCGAUGGAAAGCCGUUGAACAGUUUCGGCUUUGAUGAGCAGCCGGUGGACACCACCGGAGCUAUUGAGGUCAUCGAGGAGACCCACGGCUACUGGAAGAAACUCCGUGAAACGGGCCACGGCGGCCUGUGGGUCGGCUGAGGACAUAUCUGAACAGUGGUGCAGCUUGCCAUUGUAGAUCAAAUACUGUGAAUAGCUCACCUGACAUGUUGAAGAUAGUCAUAGUUUCUGGCAACAUUUUAGGGUUGCCGUGCCCCAGUGUUUAUCCCUGCGCUUCACAUUUGGCGAGAGCGCUGCG